AUACAGUCUUCCAGCUUCCCUCCGGAAAUUUGGUGCUGAGCAACUUGACUUCCGCUUCGGCUGGCGACUUCCGGUGCGUGGCAGUGAACCCGGUGUCUGGUGAUAAUAGGACUUCUCCCGGAGCAAUCUCGCUGAUGAUAGACAGGACCUCGUCAGGUGGUGGCAUUACAGCCAACAUUAUACCUGGCAUGAGACAGAAGGUGCACGUAGAGAUCGGGUCAGACAUCACCUUGGAAUGCCCUAGCUAUGGCUACCAGGGAACCAAGAUUGUUUGGACCAAGUAUGGAGGCAGCCUUCCAGUUGGACGAUUUAGUCUAUCGGCUUUCGGCAACCUGAAGAUUCAAUCCACACAAUAUGAGGACUCUGGUACCUACACCUGCAGCACAGCCACCAACGGGAAGACUGAGAGACAGGUGUUUCUGGAGAUUCUGACCCCUCCUGUUGUGCAGGUGCUCAAGAGCCCCGAGGCACCUGUGCAGGCUGGGAGCCGAGUGGAGCUGGUGUGCUCAGUGGCUGGGUUUCCAUCUCCUGAGCUUCAGUGGUUUCACAACGGUCAUCUACUGACCAGCAGUAAUGAAGGUCACCUGAUUCUAGCAUCUGUUGAUGCAGCAGAUGCAGGCAUCUACCAGUGCAUGGCCACCAACAGACUGGGAACAGCCUAUGGGGUCCUCAGGUUAGAGGUCGGAGGUCAGCUAAGGCCAUCAUCAUCAUCUUCAUCAUUGUUACCAUCAGCCAAGAACUUGCCACUAGGAGAUGAUGAAGAUGUUGUUGUAUCCUCUGGUGUUGGUAAACUUGAUGACCAGCGACAACAACACGGACGCAGAGACAAAAAGAAGACUGGAAGACGGAAAACUGCCAACUUGAGAGAUAAAAAGAAGAAAAAGAAAAAUGGUACUGGGGGACACGCUGGCAAGGAGAAACCCAAAUAUGCUCCAACAGUCCCCACAGUAGCCCAGCUGUCUGACCGUUCCGUCAUGCUCAACUGGACAGUGCCGGACAAGGGCAAUGGUCAGAUUAUCAAGUUCUUCAAGGUUCAGUACAAGGAGAUGAACCCAGAGAAAGGCCCUUGGCGAACCAGCGAUGCUCACCUGGCGUACAACAUCAGGCGGUUCGAAGUAUCCGAUCUCAAGUCAGGUGGUUCCUACAAGUUCCGCAUUCUGGCCGUAUAUGAAGAUGAUGACAACAAAAACUCGGCAAACACCCCGAUCUUCAAACUGUCAGUACAGCCACAUGCACAAGCCAGGGCCCCCGACACCGCCCCUACCAUCGUCGAGGCUAAACCAGUAGUCUUCCAGCAGAAUUAUGGGAUAGGUGUCAAGUGGCAGUACAAGGCUGAGUCCGCCUCUCCAAUUGAGGGAUUCAUUAUCUUUUACAAACCCUUCGGGGGCAGUGAGGACAAGGAGAAGGUGAUCCCAGGAGCAGGUAUCCGCAACGACGUCAUUCGGGACCUUCUGCCCAACACUCCCUAUAAUAUCCGAAUGCAGAGCUUCAACACGGUCGGGCGCAGCCAGUUUAGCAACCAAGUUGUGAAGACCACUAAGUUGAAAGAUUCCUCCAUAGUAGAAGACUAUCCAGAGCUGGAGAUCCCACUAAAGGAGUUGGAGGUCAGCACCGAGAGCCCAGUGUCUGGCCGUCGCAGCAGUGACACCUUGGAGAACCCAGUCAUCUUGGGAGUGGUACUGGGUGCUCUGCUACUGGCAUUGUUCAUCCUCAUCACAAUGUGCUGGUGGAAGCAAAGGCAGCAGAAGAGAAGAAGUCUGGCUGGAGGCUGCCAGCAAAAGUUCCAGGACCAGUCCCAGUGUAUCUUUGCAGACAGUGCUCUCAUCAAACCCAACGGCACUCUCUACCCAGCCAAUGGUACUGCCCCCAUAGCCAACGGGCACGGGCCGCCACUGGAGGGGCACAAGCAUAUGAACAUUGACGUCAACCCUCUGUCAGAGUACGACAUGCAGACAGCUUUCCCUGGGGAUGGCAGGACCAAACUUUUCUAUGGCAAUGGUGUAAAUGGGCUUAAUCCCAGGUUUGUGGGUGAGAACGGGAGCACAGAGAAAAAGUUCCAACAUACGGGUAGCAUCAAUCAUCAUGGCUGGAGCUCCAGUCCCCAACGGCCCCGCAUCCUGUUCCCCGGAUGUCGGGGGCCGGCUAACCCCAGCUCGCAUGGGAGCGGGAAGCACAAACGCAGGCGGAAGCGGCAACACAAUGGAGACCAGGCUUGUAGAGAGCAUGCCGUCAGGGAUCAGGCAACAAAUACAGACCUCAGUAGUAAUGAGGGCACCCUGGAGUUUUCCAACUGUUCCAAGUCCAGCAGAUCUUGUUCAAAUUCGGGUUCUGAGGUUGGGGGCCAGAAUUGUGAUUCCAGUUUUGCCAACAAUGGAAGCCUGGAGAGCGUCAACGAUGACUCCCGGUCCUCCGUGAGUGCAGCUAGCCAUGAGUCGAUCUUCCACAUUGCGGCAGACUUGCCAGUAUCUCUGUGA